UAAAGCUAGCACCUGUUCGUCCUCCGUCCUCAUCCAUAUUUCCUAAAUAGUUACUUCACCCUGAUUUUUACAUCGCAGGCGAAUUCUUUUUCAAUCCAGAAAGAGAUAAUCACGAAAAUGUUGAGGCACGCUACUAAGAGGGUUCUAGGGUUGGGACCUGCAACGUCGGUGGCUCGGACUCGGAUUCUACCUAGGUUUUACCAUGAGAGGGUGGUGGACCAUUACAACAAUCCUCGUAACGUCGGUGCUUUUGAUAAGAACGAUCCUACCGUCGGAACAGGGCUUGUGGGUGCACCGGCUUGCGGAGAUGUUAUGAAGCUUCAGAUUAAGGUUGAUGAAGAGACUGGCAAGAUUACGGAUGCUUGCUUCAAGACAUUUGGUUGUGGGUCUGCCAUCGCUUCUUCUUCUGUUGCUACCGAAUGGGUGAAAGGGAAACAGAUGGAAGAAGUUUUGACCAUCAAGAACACGGAGAUAGCAAAACACCUGUCCCUUCCCCCUGUGAAACUCCAUUGCAGCAUGCUUGCAGAGGAUGCCAUUAAAGCAGCAGUGAAGGAUUAUGAAGCUAAACGUGUGCGUGCUAAUAAUAAUUCCACUUGAAAACAACAUAAUCUAUCUGUUUGGAUGUUGAAAACAGACAACAAGAUGACAUGCUUUUAUAUCAUGUCUAUGUGUAUUUUUUUUUCUUUCAGUAUUUUCUAGUGUGGUGAAUGGAGUUGGAGGUUGAAAGAUAUGUAUAUGUAUAUAUGUGUCUAAAGAGAUAAUGCAAGAAACAACAAUGUAUUUUUCAGUUUCCUUUUUAUUAUAGCAUUGUACUUACAUUUCUUUUUA